AUGGCCCCGGUCCCGGCCCCCCCGCGCCGCCCCCGGCCCCGGCGCCGCUGCCGGCCGCGGAUCCCGCUCCCGGUGCCGCUCCCGGUGCCGCUCCCGGUGCUGCUCCCGCUGCUGCUCCCGCUGCUGCUCCCGCCGGUCGCCGCCUUCAACCUGGAGGCGUCGCGGCCCUCGGUCUUCCGCGGGGCCCCCGGGUCCCUCUUCGGCUUCGCGCUGGACUUUUACCUGCCCGAGCCCCGCAGGGUCAGCAUCCUGGUGGGGGCCCCCAAGGCCAACACGAGCCAGCCCAAUGUCACCCAGGGGGGGGCCGUGUUCCACUGCCCGUGGCCCCCCGGGGGCGGCUGCGACCCCAUCGACUUCGAUCACAUCGCCACCGGGCGGGUGCUCCUGGGGGGGCCCGGCAGCUUCUUCUGGCAAGGACAGGUCAUGUCGGCCACCCAGGCUCAGAUCGCGGCCGGGAACUUUCCGGAAUAUCUGAUCCAGGAGGUGCCGGGACAGCUCCAGACACGGCAGGCGGCACCGAGCCACGACGACAGCUACAUGGGGUACUCGGUGACAGUCGGGGAGUUCAGCGGUGACACGACACAAGACGUGGCCGUGGGGGCCCCGCUGGGGGCCGAGGGUCGCCGGGGGCUCGUGUUCAUCUUCCGGGGGGGGGGCUCGGGGCUGCGGCCCCGCCCGGCCCAGCAGCUGCGGGGGCUGGGGGCGCCCCGGGCACAGCCGGACUUCUUCGGGGCCGCCCUGCGAGGGGCCACCGACCUGGACGGCAACGGCUACCCCGACCUCCUGGUCGGCGCCUUCGGGGCGGACACGGUGGCGGUUUACAGGGGCCGCCCCAUCGUCCACGCCAGCGCCACCCUGGCCAUUGUCCCCACCAUGCUGAACCCCGAGGAGCGCGGCUGCGUCCUGCCGGCCACCGGCCAGCACGUGCCAUGCAUCAACGUCACCUUCUGCCUCAACGCCUCGGGACGUCACCUGCCCGGACCCAUCGGGCUGGCGCUGGAGCUGAGCGUGGACGGGGCCAGGCCGGGGGGGGCGCGGCGCGCGCUGUUCCUGGGGACCCCCCCCUCCCCCAGCCGGAACCUGUCCCUGGAGGUCCCCAACGGGGGGACCCCGCGCUGCCGCACCCUGCGGGUGUUCCUCAGGAACGAGUCCGAGUUCCGGGACAAGCUGUCGCCCAUCCCGGUGUCGCUGAGCCUGGCGCUGGACCCGGCCGUGUCCCCUCCCCCGCCGGGGCUGUCCCCGCUGCUGUCCCCGGCCACGCGCACGCGCCUGGAGGCCAAGGCUCACAUCCAGCUGGACUGUGGUGAGGACAAUGUCUGCGUGCCCGACCUGCAGCUCGAGGCCACCGCGGACCGCCGGGCCGUGUUCCUGGGGGACAGGAACAGUCUGAACCUGACGUUCCACGCGCGGAAUUUGGGCGAGGGGGGGGCGUACGAGGCCGAGCUGCACGUGCGGCCCCCCCCGAGCGCGCUCUACUCGGGGGUGCUGCGGCCGCACGGGAUUUGGGGGGGGCUGCGCUUCACCCUCCCCCACCUGAGCGACGGCAGCAGCAGCGUCCGCUUCGAGCUGCAGAUCCGCAGCAAGAACGCCAACAACUCGCAGAGCCCCGUGGUGGGGGUGGCGCUGGCAGUGAGGGCGGCCACCAGAGUGUCCGUGCUGGGGGUGUCCCGGCCGGACGUUGUCACCGUCCCCGAGGGGGGGUGGGGACCCGACCCCCCCCAGCGGCUGCAGGACCUGGGGCCACCCGUGGAGCACGUCUAUGAGGUGGUGAACGAGGGUCCCGGUGCCAUCGCCCAGGGGACGCUGGAGCUCAGCUGUCCCCUGGGCCACCGCGGCCACCCCCUGCUCUACGUCACCGGCCACACCGGGAUGGACAACUGCACGGCCAGCCACGGCCUGGACCCGCUGCGGCUGGCGCAGGAGCGGGAGCAGAGCCUCGGGCCCCACGUCCGGCAGCGCCGGGAGCCGGGGGACACGGGUGACACGGGGGACACCCUGGGCUGUCCCGAGGCCGAGUGUUUCCGGCUGAGCUGUCCCUCGGGGGGGCUGGAGCGGCAGCAGCGCGUCACCCUGCGCGUCACCUUCCACCUGCGGACCCCCCCCCUGCGCCAGCGGGAGGAGGGGACGCUGUCCCUGCGCUGUGACGCCGAGUUCCGCGUGCUGAGGCUCCCGUACCGCGUGCGACCCGAGAGCCACCCGCGCCACCGGCUGCAGGUGGUGACAGCGCUGUCGUGGUCGCGGCCCGAGGCGGGCGGGGGGGUCCCGGUGUGGGUGGUGGUCCUGGCCGUGCUGCUGGGGCUGCUCCUGCUCGGCCUCCUCUGCUACGGCCUCUACAAGCUGGGAUUCUUCAAGCGCUCGGGGCCCUACGGCACCGCCAUGGAGAAGGCGCAGCUGAAACCCCAGGCGGCCUCCGAGGCCUGAGGGGACCCCGCGGUGACGGGGACACCCCGAGGUGACGGGGACACCCCGAGGUGAU